UUCUUUAACGAAGCAGACACAAUUUAGAUGCAUUAAAAAGAGCAUACUUUUUGAAAAUUUCUCUUUUUAUAAAUAUCGUAAAUUUAAUUGUAUAAAACUUAUUUUAGUAUUCAGAUUUGCGAGGAAACUUACUUUCAAAUAGACUAAACAAGUUCCACCAUAUCUAACGUUGUGGUGGGUUUCUGCUGUAAAAGUUAUGCUUGUGGUUGAUUAGUUGAUGCAAUGUUACCAAUAUCCAUAAAAUAAACAGAAAAGUUUCACCCAACGUUUCGAUCGGAUGUGAGUUGUUAAAAAUGAAAUUAUAAUAUAUUAGCUAUGUAUAUUUCUCGGAACAUAAGAAGUGAAAAAAACAGAUUCUCCGGCUUAAUAAUUGUUUUGGAUAUGUAAAUAAAAAAAUUUACAUCGUAUUAAAAGAAAAAAAUUUAAACAAAGUUCAUGCCAUUCAAAUGUGUUUUUGAUAGUCUAAUAGAAAAAAAUAGCUUGAAGUCAUGGUAAUUUUAAAAUAUACAUGUUGGCUUACAAACGUUGGCCGAUUGGCUAUCAUAAUCAUUCUAUUAUACGGCAUAAAAACAUUACAUCCUAAUAUUCUUCCGAGGGUACAUGCAAGUAGUACUUCAUCGCGGUCUAUAACCGGAAACAGCAAUCCACGUUUACCACGUACAAGUGCCAGUCAACUAAAUAGUACACCCAUAAAUUUAAAAUUAACAACAAAAUCAUUAAACGCAACGAGAAAUGGACAUUUGCGGACAAGAGAGCAACAUCUACUCAGCAUUUUUGAAAUAAUCGUUUCCACACUUGAAGAAAAACUCAAGCGAAUUGAUAAUGUCGAUGAAAACAUGGACAUUAUGAUACACCGAAUAGAGGGUUUGGAAACUUUAUUAACAAAAAAUAUAGCGAAAACAGAUUUUAUUACAUCACAGUUACUUAAUUUAGAGUCCAUAAUGUCUUAUAAAAAGCAUACAGUGGAAGAAUCAAAAUCUAAUAUUGUUAAUAUAGCAAAUAAUUCCCCACAACAUUUUUUAAAUACCACAAUAAAGGAAAAAAUUGAAAAUUUAGAUGAAAAAGUCACAAACAUUGAUAAUAAGCUUGAGGUUCUAAAAUCCCAGUUAGAUAAUAAUUACUUGCAAAUCGAAGACAUUAAUGGGGAAGCUAGUGAAAAAAAUCCUGUUACAAUGAAUGGAAUUGAUAUUUUAACAAGUCUUAGCUCUGAAAAAAUGGCACAUGUAUCUUCAGAAUUAAGUGAUCUUCGAGAUACUACUGACAGAAUCGAUAGAAAACUACAAUUUCACAUAAACAUCGUUUCUGAAAAUAUAGCAACAAUUAUGCGCAUGAUGAAUGAUAUUUAUAUUUCAGUGGUUGAUGGCAUUAACAUUCAUAACGUUACAAAUCCUCCAGCUGAGUCCAAUAAGUCACAUAAAAUUUUAGAUUUAUUAAAAAAAAAAGACCCAUUAGUUACAGUACCCGCAAAAAUUGAUUGGGAUGUCAUGGUUGAUUCAAAAUCUUCAGACGAUGAUUUCCUUCUUACAUCCGGAGCUCGUUUUAGUCAAACUCAGCGACAAGAACGUGCAAUCGGAGAAAUUCAUCAAGAUCUUAAAACAAAAGCCAACAUUAUUGUAAAUAACUUAGAUAUGGUCGAAAAGCAUUUACAAGAACAGGAAAGUGAUGCGCAACCCCAAAAGAAACCUCCAGUUUCGCAAGAGCUCUCUCUGGACACAGUUUUAGACCAUUUAGUGGAGUAUCGCUUAACCAACUAUUCUGUUAAAGAUGAAAAUUUGAUGGAAACUAACUCGAAGCAUUCUACGCCAGCACAUAAUACAUUUUAUUCAAAUGUAAAUAAUACAGAAGAAACUCACGCUAAUACAACUACAUACUCCUUACCAAUAUCUUCAAAGCCAAAUAUUCGAAAAGGAGGAAUUAUAUUUCCUAGCAUCAAAAAUAAGCCAGCAAUUAUAAAUAGUACAUUAAACAAUGAAACUUUGACCCUUAAGGAUAUCAGAGGAUUUUCCUGUGUAGAUUUAAUGAAUGCUGGUAUGAGACAAUCCGGAGUAUUUUACCUACAAAUUCGAGGCACAACAUAUUGGUUUUUAAAAGUUUACUGCGAGCAAGAAACAUCCGAAGGAGGCUGGACGGUUAUACAACGACGCAACGACUUUGGAGAGCCUCGAGAAAAUUUUAAUAGAGAUUGGGCAGAUUACAAAAAUGGAUUUGGAGAACCAGCUAAGGAGUUUUGGUUAGGAAACGAAAAUAUUUAUAUGCUCACCAACAACGAAGACUACACAUUGCGUAUAGAGCUGGAAGAUUUUGAUGGCAAUAAAAAAUAUGCUCAAUAUUCGCAUUUCAAAAUACAUUCUGAAGCAGAUUAUUAUAAACUCGAAAUAGAUGGCUAUGAAGGCAACGCAGGAGAUUCUCUGAACGACCCUUGGUAUGGAUCUAACAAUAGUCCCUUUUCAACCUAUAAUAAAGACAAUGAUCGAAGCUCACUUAAUUGCGCCAGUAUGUUAAAGGGUGGCUGGUGGUGGAAAUCAUGCGGUCGUGGAUUAAAUGGACUAUAUCUGCACGACCCUCAAGAUUUAACUGCUCGACAAGGAAUUGUUUGGUUUCGUUGGAGGGGUUGGGACUACACAUUGAAAAAAUCCAUUAUGAUGAUUCGCCCUAAGACACCACAACAGCAGUCAAUAUCUGCAUCGAUCAUUUAAAAAUAAUAACAAGAGAAAUCAUAUAUUACAUAGACAAUAUUAAAUAUUUAACUUCUCUACAAUUUAGCGAAUAAGAGUUUAUUUACUGUGUUCAUUUUUGUACAUAAUUUAGGAUCAUACCAUCACUCUUUGUUAAGUUUUAUUAUUUUGAAAAUAAAAGUAAAUCAGAAAAUGUUUAGUUAA